AUGACGGGCAUGCCCAUGACGACCAUAGAGGACACCACCAUGGGUACCAUGGGAACCACACCCGAGCCCGAGGUCAUCCUGGUGUCCAAGGGCGGGUACCAGGAUCGCAGCAACGUGCUGGUGGUGGUGUUCUCCUGUGCCUUCGGCAUCGUGCUGGGUCGUAUGGGACCGCAGGGGAACCAGGAUUUUCCAAACCUACUAAAUAUGAAUAAAAAGAAGAAGCUUGAACAGAUCUCAGAAGCUGCGGCCUAUCUCCACUUGUUCAGGAUUUCGCCCAUCGGCAUUUUCUUCUUGAUGGGUAAGAUCCUCGGCAUGGAUGACUGGGUGACGGUCUUCAGCCAGAUCGGCCUGUACUCAGCCACCGUGAUCUCGGGUCUUCUCAUUCACGGACUUCUUGUCUUGCCGCUCCUCUUCGUCAUCUUCACUCGCAAGAAUCCCUUCGCCUUCAUCAAGGGCGUGUCCCCGGCCCUCAUGACCGCCUUCGCUACUGCCUCAAGUUCGGCUACUUUGCCCCUGACUAUCACCUGCCUGGAACAGAACAAUCGCAUCGACAAGCGCGUCACACGCUUCAUGUUACCUAUCGGCGCCACCAUUAACAUGGACGGCACCGCCCUCUAUGAAGCGGUAGCCGCCAUCUUCAUCGCCCAAGUCAACAUUUUGGAGAUGGAUGUGGCCACUGUCAGCGUAACGGCCACUUGGCUAGUAUUGGUGGCUGCUGGCGUUCCGCAGGCUGGCCUUGUCACGUUGGUCAUUGUACUCAACGCGGUUGGCCUACCUGAAGACGUCACACUCAUCAUCGUCAUUGAUUGGUUCCUGGAUCGGAUCCGCACCACCGUGACUAGCCGGGAUUCCUUUGGAGCGGGCAUCGUCCAACAUCUCUCCAAAAAU